UGGUUUUUUGUUUUUUCGCUUAUUUUUCCGUUUCACUGAUAGCCGUCAAAUGUGCUUAGGUCUAAUAGUCCAACCCUCUGCUCAAGCUGGAGACCCUCUACCCUUCUGGACAAAAGGCUGUCCAGUGAUGGAGCAGCCACAACUUCUGAAGGGAAGCCCUUCUGCUGAGGAACUGUCCCUCCUCCGUUCCAGGUUGCUUCUCUCCUUGAUAAGUUCCCCUCUGUUGCUUCUUCUCCUGCCUUCUUCAGGGGCUUUGGAGAAUAGGCGGGAACCCCCCCCCUCUUCUUUGGGGCAGCCCCUUAAAUAUGAUUAAUAUUGGCUCUGCCCAACAGAUCAGUCAAAACAUUCUGGGCCCCUUUUCCCCCCACAAGAGCCGUUAAACAGCCCGCAGACUCAAGGAGGGUGGGCAAGGGAACGGCUUCACCCUCCACCCAGCUCCCUUCGGGUGCCGAAGAAGCUGCCCCCCCUCCCCACAGAAACACCAAGGGUGCCACUCUCCACCCUCAGCCUCCCUCCGUGGCUGUUCUGAACCGCCUGGCCUCCCUGCACACUUUUCUGCAGCAUCCGAGGGGGUCAUUUGAGGACAGGGCACCCUCUCAGCCGGGAGCACUCUGCAGCAGCCAGGCCAUCUGUGCUGGAGGCUCUGCUCUGCCCCCCCCCCCCCAGGCCCAAUGGCACCCUCCGCAUGCCGCCUGCUUCUCCGGCUCUGGCUUGGCAGGAAGCUGACCCUCCCCAAGAGCGUCUCUGGCUGGCUGCUCCCAGCGCCCCCCCCCCGCCCAUUCGGCCUCCUUUGCUGGACAUGAGGGGGGGGCGGCCUCUUCUUGCCUGGCAACCCAGUGUGUCAUGGAGGGGGGGCUGCUGGUGCCGCUCUGCCCUUUCUCCCUGCCCAAAGGAGAAUCCAGACCAGAGAAUGGGGGUGGGCAACCAAUGACCGGUUUUCUGAAAUGCCUAGUGGAGCUGUAGAACAGCCAUGAGCCCAAAUGGGAAAAGCAGGGGGGACGCGGGGGGGGGCAGCCAGGAUUCUGGCGCUCUCUCCCCUGAAUGGAGCCUGUUUUACAAAAGCCGAAGCUUGGCAGCCAUCGUGGUUGUCACCUCGUCCGUCUGCCUUGGGAUCUGUGUGGGUGCAGAUCUAAGCUUGAUGUGACGGCGGCGCCGAUGUCUGUGUGGGAAGCCCCCCCUCCCCCCUCCACUCACAGCCAAAUGGGAUAAUUGCAUUAUUUUCUCCCCAAGAAGCCCCUGGGGGGCUCAGGCCUGGAAAGGGAGCACUUUUCCUGCCAGCUAGGCCCCGUCAAGCUCUUCCGCCUUCCAGCCGCCCCCUCGCCCACCACUCCCCGAUCCUUCCCCAACGCCCGGUAGGUAGCUCUGGAGCUCAGUGGGGAGAACCCAAAUCUUUCCCCCAGGACUGUGGGGAGAGCCGAGGUGAAAGACGCCUUCGCUCUUCCUCCCUUUGUGUUGAAGGCAGCCGAGGGAGGGAGGGGCCGGGGCUCCUCUACGCCCCCCCACCUUCCCUUGGGAUGUAAGCAGAGGUGGAAAGGCAGGCGGGCAUCAAGAGGAGCACCUCCCCCCCCCAAUGCCUGGGAGUUUCCCAGGCAAGAGGGCCACGUGCCCCCCAGCCUCACCCACGCUGCCCCCCUUCCCUUUCUCCUCCUCGGGAGACGUCCAGGCAGGGCGAUGCUCUGGGAGAGACAAAGCGUUCGCAAAGGGUCCCCCCCUCCUUCUGCCCUCCUCCUUCCUCUCUUUGGAAAUGGAGAGCAGACGGUGGAGCGAUGGAGCACCUGCAAGCUACCUGCAGCCUCCCUCUGUUGGCCCGGAGGAUCCCAGGGUGGACUGACGUGCCCAGGGCCACACAUGGUGGUGGCCUCACCGCGGACGUGCCCCCCCCUUGGCUUACGAUGGUCAUGACCAUCAGGUUAAAGAAUGCAGGAGCCCUAUUAAACUUAUUUUUUAAAAAAAUAUUGUAGAUUAAGGGUUUUUUAAAUUAUAUAUUAAUUUAUUUAAAUUUUAAAAACCAAAGUGAUGAUCUUUGAACAGGAGGUGGAAGAAAGACGCUUUGUGCACGGGGGGCACGGGGGGGCUCCCUGACCCUGGAGAGGGAGGGGUUCUUGCACUUCUGCCCAAAUGUUUCCUCCCUACCCCCCACCCCAGUAGCUUUCUUUGUGCGUGGGUUAAGGCUGCCGCCUACCGUGUGGCAGUGCAUUUGUGGGUGUGUUGCUCUUGUUAGGGGAUGGGACACUGAGGCUGGCAGGAAAGCCUGCAGGUGCGUAAGGAGGGGGGUCCCUCUGUGGCCCCUUCACUCCUCUGCUCUCCUCCUCCCUCUUGCAGAUCCCUCCCACCCCUGUGGGGAGAGGUCUGCUUCUCGGCCUCCACCGCCCUGUCCCGCUUAUCCUGGAACUAUCAGCUAUCCUGCUUAUUUCUGGAAGGGAAGGGGGCGACUGGCACCUGCAUCUGGGAGGGUCUCUGGGGCUAAAUCUGGGGCACAGGCCCCGGGUCCUCACCCCAAAGGUGGCCUGGCCCUCCUCAGAGGACCAAAAUCCACCCAAAGGUUGGUGCAGAGGAGCAGAGAUGCUGUCCGAAAGAGGCUUCCAUUUUUCUGCCUCGUUUGCUUGGGAUCUGCUUUCGGUUGUCUUUGGCGCUUCCUUCCCUCCCCAGUUAGCAAUGGCCAGGAGGGGUUGUUAUUUGUAGUCCCUGCCCCCACUCCAUGCAAGCCCCCCUCCUUCCCUCCGGGUCCCUGAGCGGAAGAGAGCCUGGGUCCCCCUCCAACGCCUGCGCAUCGGCACCAGGUCACAGAGCCGAGUGGGCUAUUUGCACAGCUGCCUCGGUGGUCUUGUGGGCCUUCCUUGGGGUGUGCGAUGGCGACUUUUGCAGAUUGAGCCCCCCUGGGCUUCCCUGGUGGGGGGUCAGGAGAGGAAGGAGGAGCAGGGCUGGGGGCUCCCUUACUGGGAGGAGGAGGAGAUGCCUGCAUCUUCAGGUCCUGCCUAAAAAUUGACGGGGGGCGCCUGAGAGGGGCUGGGGGUGCCGCCCUCCCCUUGGCCAAGCAGCCGGGGAUCGCAGAGGCUCCCGCGAUUGGUGGGGGGCAGUUUGGGCUGCCGGACCCUCCGCCCCAGCCUGGCCCGUAACAAGGGCAGCGCGGAGCCUCGGCUGGGUCCACACCUGCGCUCGCCUUCUCCCCGGGGCCAGGAUGAUGGGAGCUGUAGUCCUGCAGGGGGAGCGCAAGGCUGGGGAACUACGACUCCCAGCAGCCCCCGCCCGACCGUCUGGGCCGCGGGAUGAUGGGAGCUGUGGUUCGGCGCCUCGGGGGCCGCCGCCUGGGCGCCUGUGCCCCCCUUCCCGCGGCCGGCGGGGCGGAGCCGGGCUCGGCUGGCCGGCGGAGGGGAGAGGAGGCGCGCCGGCUGCUGCUGCCGCCGCCGCCGCCAGGAUGGCCACGGAGGAGCUGGCCGGCAAGCUGAGCCGCCGCCUGCGCGUGGAGGGGGGCGCCGAGCCGGAGGAGGAGGAGGAGGGGGGCGAGGCGGAGGGGUCGCCGGGCCUCCGAGCCCCCCCAGCCGGGCAGCUCUCGCCGGGCGGCGCCCACCGCGUCUUCAGCCCCUACAGCGAGUUCCGCGAGUUCUCCCGCCGGCAGAUCAAGGACAUGGAGCGCCUCUUCCGCCAGUACGAUGCGGGCAAAGACGGCUUCAUCGACCUGAUGGAGCUGAAGCGGAUGAUGGAGAAACUGGGGGCCCCCCAGACGCACCUCGGCCUCAAGACCAUGAUCAAGGAAGUGGACGAGGACGUGGACAGCAAGCUCAGCUUCCGGGAGUUCCUCCUCAUCUUCCGCAAAGCGGCAGCCGGGGAGCUGGAGGAAGACAGCGGCCUGCACGCCCUGGCCUGCCUCUCGGAGAUCGACGUCUCCACGGAGGGCGUAAAGGGGGCCAAGAGCUUCUUUGAGGCCAAAGUGCAGGCGAUGAAUGUAACCAGCCGUUUCGAGGAGGAGAUCAAGGCGGAGAAGGAGGAGAAGCGACGUCAGGCAGAGGAGCUGAAGCAGAGGAAGGAGGCCUUCAAGGAGCUGCAGUCCACCUUUGGGCAGUAGCCGGAGGUCCCCCCGCUGGAGCCCCCCCCCGAUCACGCCCAUCCGGCCCGCGACCAGCCUCCCCCUCGCAAGACCCCCACCUGCUCGGCGUUUGUGGGUCAGGUGACCGCUAGAGGUGCAGGAGCCGGAGGGACCCAGCGUGGUCGGUGGGAAGAAGGCAGUCCUUGGAGCCCCCAGACUCAUUUGGGCCUGAUUUCCACCCCUCCCCCCUUCCCCGAGCCAGCCGUUUGGUGUUUCUUUCACGGCGUCUUCGUAGGUCUCGUGCUUCUCGGUGUCUCUCGGUCCCAGCUUUGCGGACUCGGACGUGUGAAUCGUCCCGUUCUCCCUCUGGGGUUGUGAUACAUGGUUGUGGCCUGCUGUUUGGGGUGCAGAAAUGCCGUCUUUGUGCGUUGCCUCGGCUGGAUAGAUGUGCUCGGACUCUGCUUUCCCCAAAGUGGGCACCCCCAGGGGUGGCAGGAGGUGGGCCUGGUGGGGGGGGUCUCCUUUGAGGGAGGCCCUUAAAGCACUUUCCCUGAGAAGGGAGGGGGGCCCUUUCCCACCUGAGGUUUAGAGUUUGGACUCAGCAGAACGUUGAGGGGUUCCCCUGCUGUUCUCCGGCAGGGGAUGAUGGGAGCUAGAGUCUGGCGCAUCUGCAGGACAGGGUUAAUUUAUAGUUUGUAUGUGUGUGUGUGUGUUUCCGUGUGUGUGUUUAUAUCCAGACAAUAAGCCCCAAGUUCUUCUGGAAUUGUGUUGCUGUGUACAAGUGUUCUGGUGGCAGGAACAGAAGGGGGGGGCGAACGAGAUUCCCCCCCCCCAAGAUUCGGGGCAGGUGGGCCCAGAUGUCCAGCGUGUCCAUUUGAAGUUGUGAACCCUCCAGCCAGGUAUCUCCACACCCUGCCCUGGUUCACACGUUGCGCUUGUCUCUUCCCCUUGCACAAAGGAGAGCUGCCAGUCAGGGGAGGGUGGGAGGACGUGUCAAAAUGCCCCAGGUGGGAAGGGUGCCUAGAGGUCAUCUAAUCCAACCCCCAGCCACUGUGAAGAGGAAGACAUUCACAGUUGGGGACCCCUUCACCACCCACUGCCCCAGCUCGCUUCCCACUGCCCCAAAUGGAUUAGGGAGAAGGGGCUGUCCUGCAGUGGGCUUACUUGCCCCCAAGGGGGGUCUUCAUUCUAGGUCAGCCCCCUUAGCUGAACGCAACGUGUGAGCCAGGGCAGGAUUAAGAACUUGGUGUGAGGCGUGAAUUACUCUGAUGCUGGCCUGUUCAGUGAGCCACAAUUAAGGCAGAUCUGGCUUAGUGCUUUGCAGAGCCCCGUCUGGCUGUUGUUGAGGGUUUAUUCCCCGGGGGGGGGUCUUUCCACCCAAACCCCCAACCCUUUUCCUCCUGCUUGCUUGCUUUAGUGCUGAAUUUGUGUUGUUUGGCCAAAAAAGCUCUGUGCACCCCUGAAAGCUGGCUGGCUUCUUGCUGGGGCCGCGUGGGGCCUGGCCCUCAGCCUCCCCUCGAAUCCCUCGGUCACUUCAGCGGACAGUACGACAUCUGUGGGUUGCGAGGUGGUGUUUUUGGGUUCAAAAGCUGCUCCAUUUCAGUGGUAUGAUUUUAUUUUUUUUACCCAAAUAUAAUUAAAACAAAACUAUAUUUCAUAAGCUCA